AUGGAACCAUUGCUAUCUUCUCUUGAACUGUAUAAUGGUGAAGUUGGCCUCUUCCAGAUCAUGGAUGGACGUUUCGCUACCUGUUCAUUAGUAAAAUACCACGCCUCGUACGGGCUGUGCACGGAGCGUGCUGCUCGGCUGAAGGCCGGCGGGACCGGGGGCGGCGGGGGCCCGGGGGGCGGCACCACGAGGGGGCAGCGGCCCACGGGGAGGGGCUCCGUCCUCACCACCCUCACCUCCUUGGACUGCGCCCGCCAGCACUCCCUCGGCCCCCUCCCCGAAGCCACCCACCCCGCCAACAACGGCACCACCACCCACGGCACUUCCACCGUCUGAGCUACUCAUCUUCCUCCCCUCUCAGGUACUUAGGCUCCCUUGAGGGAGCCCUAGGUCGUAAGUAAAUCAGUGUAAGCGAGCUAUCGUAUCUAUGUAAGUGUUUCCUAGUCUUUAUUUAUAAACAGAGCCUUUUUUUUAUUUUUUACAAGACCCUAGUUUUAAGUAUCUACUACCGUUUUAGAUAGUGGUUAACUUUAGUUGUUAUCUAACCUAAGUCUGAUAAAUCAUAAACGAAAACUUUCUCUGUCUGUAUUCGUUAUUAUAAUUAUUUUAUUUUAUUUUUGACGAAGAAAGACAUUAUUUCUCGUAAUGUAUUUACAAGAAAUAAUAAUAAUAUUUAUUACUGAUUUUUUGUAAUAUUUUAACUUGUGUUUCUGGGAUUUCAAAUAUUAUAGGAAAUCAUCAUUAAUUCAGAUAUUUUCCCAAGGUUUUAGGUUGUUAAGCUAUUUAAAUGUUAAAUAGCUGAUAUUCAAUUGUUAAGACCUUACACGGUCAGUAAGGAAUGACAAGAAUCACUUCAAUCAUGAUGGUCUAUAUGUAUCAGUCAGAUUGAUAUCAUUUUAGCUCUGUAGACGUUGAGACACGAGGCAGUGUGUGUUAAAUAGAAAAAAGUUUAUUUGGCCAUUAUCUUUUAUAGCAUUGGACAUCAAAAGAAAAUUGUAACUAUGAUAAUCACAUCAUAAUGCCCAAAAAUCGUUUUAGUAAAUGUUAAAAGUCAUAAAUAUAUAUUGGAAAGAAAAGAAGAAUAACUAUCAAGUAUGAUACAUAAUUAAAAAAUCUGGUUUUCUUUUCUUUUUUAAUUUAUAGCCAAUUUUACUAUAAUUUUUUUUUAUUCACACCUGUCAUAAUGGUAAUGACAACCAGUGAAUUUGAGGUUGAUUGGAAAAAAUAAUGUCAUGAAAGGCAUUACGAAGAUCAGUGUGGCAUUACCCAGCGGCAGCUCACUCGGUGUGAUAUCACUAUAAAAUAAAUUAAAAAAGCUAUUUAUUUUAUUUGAAGAUGGUUCAUAAACAUAUACGGAUAUAAAAAACUGUUUUAAGAUUUUAAACUGCCCUUCAGUGUGGCAGACUAAUACUCAAUAAAAUCAUUAGAAAAAAAAAUGUUAAAGGGUAAUUAGGAAUAUUCAUUCUUAGUGAGAUCUAGGUAAACUAUCCUACCUUCUCGUGAUUGAAGCUUGAAUUUCGGGAUUUUUGGAAAUUCAUUUGUACAUUCCAUCAGUAAUCAACCUUACACUCAAUAAUCCCUCGGAAUGUCAUUCCGACUGAACGUAUAGGGUCCACUGUAUAUCCUGCGUAUAAUCUUCAUUUAUCGCACUAAAGCCCAUGAUGGAUUGAGAGGACAGUCUAUGGUAAUCAGCCUGAUUUACAAAGCAAUCAUAUCAUUAUUUUUCUGUCAAACCAAAAUCUUGUCUAAUCCGCCAGACUAUCUCACCCUCUAUAAAUAAUAUAAUGAGCUCGAAAUAAAGCCUGUAUAAUAAGAAAAUAUCAUAUGUUGUAUUAUGUGAUCCGAUGAAUUAAUUUCUAUGAUGAACCUAUGAAUAAAUCCAUUUUAAAUAUCGGAAAUCAUGUUCUAUUAUUAUUAGGUACUUACUAUUUUUUAAAUAAAUUAAUUAUGCUUAGGUUACUUAUAUAUGUUUCUAAAAGACAUUCAAAGAAGUUAGGUUAUUUUUUUAAUAAUUUCAAUAAUUAUUAUUUAGAAUAUCUUAUCCAAUUCUUCAGAUAUUCUGUUUAAAUAGCUUCUAGAUGUAUGGUAUAAAUCACAACUUUUAAUGAUACUUAAAAAAAAAUCAAAUUCAUAUAUUUCAAUUAAAGAAAAAUAUUUUAGUAUUAUAUCCUCUAUAUGGUACACAAAUAUAUGCUAAGCAGACUUGGAUAAAUAUUGAUAUCAAAAUAUUAUUUCGAAUAGAAAUAAAAAAGUACCUGUAUUUUUAUUAAUUACAUGUGCAUACGAAAUAUAUUAAUUAUUUCUAUAAUGAAACGAUAAUUUCAAAAUAAAGAGGACAAACGAGGUUUUAUUUACAAAUAAGAAAUAAUCAAUCUUCAAAAUUGUAUUAAUUAAUUUUAAAAAUGGGAAUUAGAUUAAAAACAUAAGUUUUAUUUUUUUAAAAUCAUUUCAAACAAAUGCGCUCAUAAUUUUUAAAUAUGCCAAUCAAAAUCGCUGAAGGAGUAUUAAUAAAGAUAAUAUAAUUAUUUUUUAUUCACAACAAAACUGUGAGAUUAAGGUUAUAUAAAUUUAAGCAUAAAUUUGUCGAAUAAUAAUAUCGAUAUUGAGUAACGAUAAUAAUGUUAAAACAAAAAAAUAAUCAUUUUCGCUAUUUAAUUUGUUUUAAUAUUAUGCUAUUUCUUGUCUGCUAUUAAGUAAGUAUUUCAUAACAAUCAUUGUUAUGUUUCGUAAUGCAUAAUAAUUAUUUUGUUACUAGUACACAGUGGGGUAGGGUCACAGUACACUUUAGAUAUACUCAUAUAUGUCCUUAUUCCAUUUGUAUUUUAAAUUUUGAAAGUUCUAUGCAUACAUAUCUCUUGCCUGAAUACAUUUUCCUUUUAAUCUGUUUAACGUAUCAGUAGUAAAGAUGAAACAUACUUACUUAAUUGAGAUAAAAGAAAUAUCUACUGAGUCAGAUGGGAAUUAAACCUACACCGCACCGAUCUAGAAUCUUCGCACAAAGAACUUUCAUGCUAAUAACAAAAAACCUCCUAAUAUUCACUUUGAAUAUUUUUAAAAAAACGAGUAAGAUCCGUCCAGAAAAGAAUUAAUAAUUUCCAAGCUUGUUUUACUUCAUACUUAUUUUCUUCAGUAAUUUUCUCAUUUAAGGGUUCAAGUUAUCCAUAGGGUCUUCCAACAAUAGAUUUCAUUAAACUUUAUGUUUUUCUUCUUUUAAUAAAAAAAGGGCUUUAGAAAACUUUUGAGCAAUGUUGAAAAAAGGAGGUGACCACGACAAAAUAAUUCUAGUAAUUGGUUGAGGUUAAGUAAACUUUAUGUUCAUAUAGGCAUCUGUGUGUGUGAAUGUGUAUCUGUGUGUUUGUGUGUGAGCAAACGUUUAAGGGAAUUCACCUUUGAAGAACCGCAACAGAACUUCCCAAAAAUUAUAAUCAAAUGGGUACAAACAUAGCUCAUAAAUACCAACUAAGGCAUAAAUAGAUCCUCAUAUUAGUAUGAAACUAAUUUUAUUUAUUUCCCAUAUAAAAUAUUGUGUGUUGCCACCAAGAGCGGAUUCAUUUUAUGAUUUUUUUGUCUAAAAAAAAACAAUCAUUGACUAAAAGUUAAGUAAAGAUAAUUAUUACAUUUAUAUGUUCGACUUAGCUUAUUAUAUAGAAGUUUUAGCUCAUCUUUUACGAAUUUGAUUGAAUCUAAAUAUAGAAUUCCAAUCAAACUUCAACGCUCCUCAAAAACGUUGCCGCCACAGGCAAGUGAUCUGCCUUUACGUAAAUCCGCCACUGGUAACUAUACUUAUAUUAUAAAUUAUAUAAAAAUAUAAUUUAGUUAUAGUAUACUUUAUAUUACAAUGUUUAUUUCUAAUUAUUGAAAUGGUCUUGUUGUAUUUUAUCAAUUAGACAAUCUUGUUUUAAACCCAAAAUUGCAUGUACCUUACUUAAGUUGAUAGUUGAUAACGUUGGUAGAUGAUGAAAAGAAAUUUUAUCAGGUAAGCAUAAUUGUCAUGAUGAAUUAAGGAUGGUUUAGAAACCAAGAGGGCCAAGUAUCCGGAUAUUUUUUAUUUUACGUAGAUCUAUUCCAACAAUUUUAGUAUAAUGAAAUGAUUUUGUUUAAAUUGAUAUAGUUUUUUUAUUAUUUUUUUUUUUUUGUUUCUACGUUAACGAUAAAUUUAGAACUUUAAAAGAAUUAUUAUUAUUUGUAGGACAGUAGUAACUUUGGCACCGGACUGUAGUAAUAAUCUUCAAACAAAUUUUAUUAUUACUUAUAGCUGUUCAAAACCUUAUUUUAUUCUAGGUUCUCUUCACCACUAAGUACAUUUAUAUAUGUAGUGUUAAUUUCGGCCCCUAACACAAUUUCGAAAGAAAUAAAAAUCUACUUGGAUCACUUAGCUUCCGCCUUCCUCAAUUCGUAUCAAAUUGGGUAUGUCAUUAAUACUGAAUAAUAAAUAAUCAAUAAACUGAUUAUAUAAAACUAAUACUUGAAUUUCUUGAGGUAUUGUAUUAAUAAUAUUCAAUUAUUUGUACUUUAUUGUAAAAAAUCAUUCAGUAGUUUCUAGCUCUUGUACUUAUACAUAAGAGUUUGGCUAUCGAGUAAAUAUCAAUUUAAAUGUUAAUAGUGUUUCUUAUGUCCAAGUUUUGUAUGUAUAAUUUGAAAAAGUAAUACCUCAAACUAUUUAUCAUUUAUAACUCUAGAGAUAUUUCUCCACUGUCUGUAAUGGUCCAAGAAUGAAUACAGUAAGAGGUAUAAUUGAUCUAGCUACUCCACUGAGUACAAGUAAAUAUUGGCAAACUAAUAACAUUCUUCGAUCAUAAUUUAUUUUUUAACUCUGUCCUUCGAUAUCUUUAACUAUGGCAAUCCUAAAAAAUUUUAAGAGAUAAUUAUUUAUCGGAAGAUAAUUAAUCAUCAUUAGAUAGAUUAUUCAUUAAAUGCACUGGUGGACAAAAUUAACGCAUUACCUCGGCAUUAGCAUGGUUAAGGAAUUCAUAGUACUUUCCUUUUUUCCUACACCUCUAACGAUCCACGAAGGUUCUUGGGAUUCAGUACAAUGUGAGGAAGUUGGUACUGUUACAAGGUCCAACGGCUUUGCAGGGAGGUGACGGGCCAAUAUCACGCUCAAAUGCCAGGUUUUUCACCUUAACAAAUUAUUUAAUUAAGGGUACCCACUUUAUAGAGUCUGGAUUUGCUCCAGAGGGAUCUACCAGCCCCAGGGUCGACCCUCGGCUGAUGAAAAAUUACUAGCCAUCAGCCGGGAUUCGAACCUGGGAGCUCUGGAAGUCAGUGCUCAACCACUGAACUACCCCGCUUCCUAUUCAUAGUACUUUAACUUGAUAUAAAUACUUUAUAAACCAUAUUUAUGAAAAAUGAAGUAACCAUAUGAUCAAUGAAGACAAGAAUUCUACUGUUUUACGUAGGACCCAAACCAUGCUCAACGGUGUACUAAAGAAAAAGUAAGCAAGUAAAUUCUGAAUAUUUUCCAGGUUCAAGUAGGAUUUGAAGACAUUUAGACGUACUAAUAUAAAAUGUUUAAUUAACAAGUUUCACCUUUGCAAUAAACAAAAAAACACUUUAAAAAGGCAUUAUAUAACUCAAAACUGACAAAAAUGAUACACAGCGGAAAAUAUUUACUCGACCUUCAUUUGCAUUAAUUAAAAUCAAAUUCUUAACUAAAUAUAAAAACAAGAAAACAUAUAAAAAAUUAUAUUUACAAUUGAGUCGCUUAUUUCAAAAGUGAACUCUAGUCGAUUUUUUUGGAAAACGGAAUAAGUAUCGAUUCCUAUGCAUAAACCCUUGAUGAAUCCGAUGCUGCAAUUUUUUAAAGAAAUCUAAAUUUUUUAAAAUUAAAAUGAAAGUGGUUUGGAGAUAAAUUUAUGUCAAGAACUGGUCGUUUUUCAAGCAAUGUUUAUUAUCAAAAGCAAUGAGUAUCAAAAAAAAACUCAUAAAGUUUUUUUAAACCUUUUUUCAACUGAAAAUUUAAAAUAAAUGUAUUUUCUCGUACCAGAGAUAAAAAAAAAUAUUGUUUAAUUUUCAUAACUUUUUCCUCCGAAAACAAAUUUUUUCUCUCUAAACCGAAUCCCAAACAACUUUUUUGUUCCAAAAACGCUCUUGAAAUUUAAUUCGUUGCAAAAGCAUUUCAGUUUCAAUACUUUUCGAUUACUAGCGAAAUCAUCAAUAAUAUUCGGUAAUACAUGCUACAAAUAAGCAAUUUUUUUUUUUAAAUCAGUCAAUCAGUAAUAUGAUUUUGCAGGUUAUGUGUUUCCUUUUUGGAGAAACGGGUUCCAAAAUACAUAAUACUUCUUACUUGUUUCAUUAUGGAGCAAAUCUAUAAAUAAUUAUAUAAUUAUUUCAAAAUUUCAUUUAUGUUUUCUUCAAAGGAGCGCUCGAUCCUCUCCUGAUCCACUAAUGAUCUGAUGGCGUAAGAGCCACCCUCGCGUCUUCACUACCAAUAACUCAUUUCCACUCCUCUAAACUAUAAUCGAUGUAUUAUGACUUUGUUCAAGUCGGUUUUUUAUGUGAGUCCAAGUGAAAAGAAGACCACAACGGUUGCUGCAUUAAAAACUAGUAUUGCUUCAAUAACUAUUCUCCUAUGGAGCGCAAUACAAAAAUAAUGUUUUUUAAAGAACAAUGAAAAUAUUUAUGAUCAGAAAAAAGUAACCAUUUAAUCUUAUUUAAUUCAAUUGAUUGAUUAACGUAAUUAUUACAUUAUUUGCUUGAAGAAAACUGCUCCUGCGUUAUGGAGAGGAGAGUGAGCCACAAAUAAGUGAGCCUUGGAGUGUCCAAAACCUGCUUCUACGGCGAUGCCCUGCUCCUGGAUUGAUUUUUGGUUAUAAUAUGACCUUAAUGAAAAUAAACUUUCAUUAAACUUCAGUUUAAUUCAAAUAUAAGCUUUUUCCACCACUGGAUUAUCAUAAAUUUAUAAAAGCUUCUAAACAUUGCUUUAAAUAUCUGAUGACGGUAAAAGACAAAAGAUAAAAGGCACAAAUUCUCAGGAAAGAGUUGUUAGUCCUAGCAGGCUGCGUAUUGCUUUAUCAUUAAAAAUAAUCGAAACAUUAAGUAAAUCAUUAAAAUGAUAAACUUCAAUAAUAAAGAUCUUAAUGUUAUCUUCAAUAAUAAGAUAACAGCUAAUGUAAUUGAAUGACAUUAACAUAAAAGAGCGUUCAGUUGAAGACAUAUUUAUAGAAAUAAAAAUAAAUGUAAUAAUUAGACAAAAUAAAAUGUUUUUGAAAUUAGUUAUAAUAAUUACUAAUAGAUACAUUAUAUACAGCACAUAGAAUGAAAAUGAUUAUUUCUCAAAACCUUAAAUUCCCAAUGAGGGGCAAAAUCUUUGUAGUAGAAUAAAUAUGUUUAGAACGCUAUAGUUCUUCACCAAAUCGUCCGAUUUCGAUCAUUUUUUUUUUUGUAGGGAAUUUAGUAAGCUUUUAAGUACUAAUAAUAAAAUUGUGUACUUUUCCAGUUAUUCGCAAAUUAUGAAUCCAUUGCAAUGUAUUAAUCCGUCGACUUGGCAGCAUCGCAUGGUUUGAAACCUCUCACUUUAAUAUUCACUUUUAUUUUAAUCAAAUAAAAUUGGGAAUCAAAAUUACAAUUCGCACAUUCUUCGUGAUAUUCCCUAUUUAUUGAUAUCUCAUUCGUCAAAAUUUAUCAAUCCUGAGAGUCGGAGAUCUAUAUUCAGAAAUAAUAUAUAAGAUGUCUAUGCAUAUGUUAGUAAAUAAAAGCACAUAUAUAGAAUAUAAGAUGAUUGCUACAUAAAUGAAGUGAUGUGUUAAUUUUGUCCACCAACGUAUUAAUGAAUUACAAUAAGGUAUAUCUUGAUUUCAUUUUUAAAGAAUUAUUUAUUUAUUUAUUUUAAUUUUACAGUACUAGGAAAGAUACAUUCAAAAUAUGAAAAUAAAGGUUUUAUAUAAAAAAUAUAUCAAUUCAUUGUCACUGAAAGUUAUAUUUUCGAUAAAUUAAAUCAGCUACAUAGACAAAUUUUAUAAACUGACCUGAUAGAUUUAACUUUUAGUUACGAGAAGUUUUAAAUUUUAAGCUCAAUUCUUUAUAAGAUAUUAAAUAUGUUUUAUAUUUCGUAUUGAAAAUAUGAAAUGAGAUCUACGUAUGUAAGUAAACAUUCCUUAAAGUGAGUAUACGUGCUUAUAUAUGAAUUAUUUGAUACUGUAUAUCUUAAUUCCAGACCAGUAAGCAAUUAACUAUAAACUUCAUAGGUGUUUAGGUUUUAUCAAAUGACAUGAUAGCUCUUAAAACAUAUAAAUAGUUUUUGAUAAAAUGUUUAUAUCUAUGUCACUUCGUAAGUAUUGUAGAAUAAAUGUAUACCUACUGUAAAUAUCUUUAGUAUAAUAAACUUUCUUGGCUGUGUAUAUAAACUGUACAUAUUUGUAUGUUUAAAACCUGAUUAAUUUAUUGUAUAUGUAUUCGUUUUGAUGAAAUAAAUUAUCUUCCUUGUUA